AUGAAGUUGUGGAACAGAAAGAAACCCCAUUUUCCUGUACUGGUCUUUUUCUUCUCUCUGUUCUUGGUCUUCUCAAUUCUCCACAAUGAACGCAGCAUUUUGCAAAUUCAAGACCACCCAGAUCAUGCUCCUCGCCAUCACAUUCCAGUCACUUAUGUAAAGCCGAAUCGCCUCACCCAUCAAAACCAUGUUACAGAGGUUUUGGACAGAUUCAGUACAUGCAACUCCACCAGAGAGUACAGUGGGAGGAAAAUAGCCUGGACUGAUAAUCUGACUCCAGAACCGCUUCACGGUGGCCGGGGGGAGAGUUUGGAGAGUUGUGAUGUGUUCUCCGGCAAAUGGGUGUAUGAUAAUUCCUCCUAUCCGCUGUACAAUGAAUCGGAAUGCCCUUACAUGUCAGACCAGUUGGCCUGCCAUAAACAUGGAAGGUCUGAUUUGGAUUAUCAGUAUUGGAGAUGGCAACCCCAUAACUGCAACUUGAAGAGAUGGAAUGUGAUUGACAUGUGGGAGAAGUUGAGGGGUAAAAGGUUGAUGUUUGUAGGGGAUUCAUUAAACAGAGGGCAAUGGAUAUCAAUGGUCUGCUUGUUGCAAUCAGUGAUUCCAAAGGAUAAGAGAUCCAUGUCACCAAACGCCGCUCUUACCAUUUUCCGAGCAGAGGAAUAUAAUGCUACUGUGGAAUUUCUUUGGGCGCCUCUUCUAGUAGAAUCUAAUUCUGAUGACCCUGUGAACCACAGAUUAGAAGAUCGAAUAAUCCGUCCAGAUUCAGUACUUAAACAUGCAUCAAUAUGGGAGAAUGCAGACAUACUAAUUUUCAAUUCCUACCUGUGGUGGAGACAAGGCCCAGUUAAGCUUUUAUGGAGCACUGAAGCGAAUUCUGUCUGUGAAGAAUUAGAUGGUAUGGGAGCCAUGGAAUUGGCCAUGGGGGCUUGGGCAGAAUGGGCUUCUAAAGUCGAUCCCCUCAAGAAGCGGGUCUUCUUCGUCACAAUGUCUCCUACACAUCUCUGGAGCCGAGAGUGGAAGCCAGGAAAUGAAGGCAAUUGUUACAGUGAGAAAUCCCCCAUUGACUUGGAGGGCUACUGGGGAAGUGGCUCUGAUCUGCCUACUAUGAACAUGGUGGACAACGUCCUCAGUAAGUUAAAUUCAAAGGUUUCAGUUCUCAACAUUACUCAACUGUCAGAGUACCGAAAAGAUGGUCAUCCUUCCAUUUACCGGAAAUUUUGGGAAGCACUUAAGCCUGAGCAGUUGUCUAAUCCAGCGAGUUACUCUGAUUGCAUACACUGGUGCUUGCCUGGUGUACCUGAUGUUUGGAACGAGUUGGUAUACCAUUUUUUGUAAAUAAAUGCAGUCGUUAAGGCCUUCUUAAUGCUUUCAUGC